UAGUGCGGUUGAGAGCGGAUGCGAUCCUCGCCAAUAAGAAUGCAAGGGUGUGGCCCAGCCAUAUCCCUUCCUGACGGACAAUCCAUAUGAUCCAUUCCGUGCGCCAAACAUCACCUGAAACCCAAGCAGACAUUUGGAUCGCGUUGGAGGCCAACAUAAUACUUACUGACAAAGUCGAUAUAACUCAAAAUCCUUUUGAGUUUUAACCGGUAAAAACAAAUGCCGGCUAAGAAGCUCAGCCUGCCCCCAUACCAGCCAGACACCCACAGACACCAUGGCAGCAGACACAAGCCCAGUGAGCGUCACUCCCAACCGGUGCUGUCCCACUACCCCGCGUCAGACUACCUCCACUACUACCGCUGGGGCUCCCCGCCCGGCGUCAUCAAGAUCAUCAGCAUCAUCAUCGUGAUCAUGUGCGUGGCGGUGUUCGCCUGCGUCGCCUCCUCGCUGGCCUACGACAGCAUGUCCGGUGGAGGCCUGGGCGCCCUGGUGCCAGGCCUCGGCGGUGCCGGCUCCUACGGUGGCACGUACGGCGGGGCGGGAUCCUACGGCAGCGGAAGCUCCUUCGGCGGGGGCAGCUCCUACGGCGGCAGUGGCUACGGCGGCGGCUACGGAGGAGGAGGCUCCUCCUACGGGAGCCAGUACAUGGACCCCCGGGCGGGGAAAGGCUUCAUGAUCGCCAUGGCGGCCAUCACCUUCAUCGCCGUGCUCAUCAUCUUCGUGCUGGUAGUGUCCCGCCAAUCGUCGUCGCGCUCGCCCAAGUUCUUCCUGGCGGCCAUCAUCAUCUCUGCCAUCCUGGCGUUCAUGAUGCUGAUCGCCACCAUCGUGUUCCUGGUGGCCGUGAACCCCACGGCGCAGAGCUCGGGCUCGAACGCCUACAGCCAGAUCCAGCAGCUGUGUGCCCAAUACCAGAACCAGAACCAGGCCCAGGGGAUCUUCAUCAACCAGUACCUCUACUCCUACUGCGUGGUUGAGCCCCAGGAGGCCAUAGCCAUCGUCCUGGGCUUCCUGAUUUUCGUGGGCCUCAUCAUCCUGAUGGUGUUCGCCAUAAAGACCCGCGCCGCACUGCGGCGCCGGGGCAGAGACCGCGUCCUGUGGGAGGAGGUGAAGAGCCUCAAGGGUGGCUUCCCCAACAGCAUCGGUGAAUGGGUGAACAAUGUGUCUGGGGAACCAGAGGUCAUGCUGAACGACCCUAAUGAUGCGGUUUGGAGCCCCAGGACCUACCUGGACAGUCCCGACUACAACAAGCCCAUAUACCUACCUGGAGACUCGGACAUUACCAGCUCGCAGGGUGGCCUGAAGAAGGAUUCGGAGGCCGACUCUGGCCAUGAACUGGACGAAGAGGACUUCAACAUGGACUUUCCGCCCAUCAUGGAUGAGCAGGAGCGCUUGGACUACAAAAGGCAGUAUGACAAGGACCAUCAGGAGUACAAGGGCAUUCAGGCUGAACUGGAGAACCUGAACGCUGGUCUGGCUGAUCUGGACCGGGAGCUGGACCAACACAAAGAAGGAAGCCCUCAGUUCCUGGAUGCAAUGGAUGAAUACAACAGGCUGAAGAAUAUAAAAAAGUCGGCAGAUUACCAAAUCAAAAAGCAGAGGUGCAAAUAUCUCAAGUCUAAACUGUCGCACAUCAAGCGGAGGGUCAGUCAGUACGACCAACGGCCCUGAUCCCUGACCACUCCACCGCCCAGCUUCUACAAAACCCCUGUUCCCAUUCUAUGGAUUCAUUUUAGAUUUUAAUGUUUUUACUUGCCUUAUGUUCUAAAAUGUUAACAUGAGUGAUUUUAAAUGUAUGAUGAGGAUUUUAUUCUCUAUAGUUCCAGCCUUUUUUUUUAAAUUAAAAUACAAGGUUUUUGUAUUGACCUGUAAUGGCUAACUCACCAGUUCAGUGGUUUAGAUUUGUAUAAAAUGGGUAAUGAACAAAAGGAAUUUAUUUUCUUGACGCGGGUUAUGCGCACUGACACGCAUUAUUUUCAGAGCGAUAUACAAUUUUAUUUCAUUUUUUGCAGCUUUUGUGUUGUCCUUCUACAUGGUCUUUAUCACCCCCAUGAUCAAUCAGGGUUUUGAAUAAAUCAGCUAUUUGUACUGAUAUUUUUUUACAUGAAGACAUCCCCUUCCAAAGCCAAGUAGGUUUGGCUUUGGUGGACUGUUUUAUCGAAGUGUUUUUAGAUAAAUCAUUUAACUGUAGUAGGCCUAUUCUGAAGUUAUUGCAAUUUAUGUAGCAGCACAACCAAAAUCAAAUGUCAAAUAUAUAUAUAUCAUACAAUAAAUGUUUAUUUA